AUGUCGACGCAUUGGGGAAAGACCAGCAAAAACACAAUUACAGAGGGAAUUUUCGCAACCCCAACAACAAACCGGAAAACGGAAAACCCCCAAACAAAUCCUGCGGUAAUUGUGGUCGAGUUCACGAGCCAAAAUCGUGUCCUGCAUAUGGGAAAAAAGUGCAAUAACUGUCAAAAGCUAGGACACUUUGCCGAACUAUGUCGAUCACAAGCUAAAAAUCCAAAGAAAUCUGAUCACAAUGUAGAUUAUGAAAGCGACUCCUGGACGCACGGAAUUGAUAUGGUGAAAACAGCUGUGACAAGUGACAAUGACGAAGAACACGCAUCUCUUAAAAUUAACAACACGACAAUUCGCAUAAAACUCGACUCCGGAGCCGAGACAAACGUUCCAACAAAGAAAGAUUUCGAAGCCGCUGUUCCAAAACGACAACGUCGUAGCAAGCUCAAAACGAGCGCCGCAAAACUGACCGCUUUCGGUGGCCAUAACAUUCCUGUCAUCGGAAAAUGCUAUCAUGGUCAGAAAUGA